UUAGCUGAGGCAGAGAGCGGCUGCUCACUUCACUUUGAAGGUGAGUGUUUUCCACGUCCAGACUCCAUCUCUGCAUGAGGGUCGGUGCCUGGUGUGUCUCCGACCUCCUGGGGGACAGGACGACUCCUCACCAUUAACAGCAUCGGAGAUUUGACGAUGUUCAGGGCCCCUCAAAUCCUGACAUGGUCCUGUCCAACAAGGUCAUUGCUGCUGUUGCGAGUAUCUCCCCUGGCGGCUCUCCCUGAGCACACUGCUGCUGUGUGCCAGGGUGCAAGGCAUGUGAGCGGAAACCGGUGUGAAGGGAUUCCCGGAGGAGGCCGACGCGAUGAGGGGUUAUCAUCAUUAUCCAAAGAGACUGUAUCCAAUUCAAUCCAGCCACAUUUAUUCAACUGGGAGUGUGCUAAUCAUCAUCUGAGAGAGGUUUCAUUUCAUAACUCUGUAUCCAAAACAAUUUUAUCCAGUCGUCAUCAGACCUCUCAACUUUCUACCUCUGUAAAAACCAAACCAGUUCCUGAUUCAUGGAAAUCCACUGUAGUGAAAGUUUCAGGUCCGAACCCUCAAGCUGUGAGCCCUCACCAGGACUGUUCGACCAACACAACUUGCCUUCUACCCUGGAGGAGGCCUCGGGACUUUUUCCAUGUUUCACUCAGUUACACCAACAAGUCUCAGUGUAACCCACAUAGCCAUUUAUAUCACAGGCGGCACAUAGCCAGCUUAUCAGCUCUUACAUCACAGAUCUUAAACCACUUUCACAGUAGAUCCCAAGCCACCAGCCUCUUUCUUCAGCAAAGCAGAGAUAUUCAUCAGGCUUCCCCUCGUUUGGUGGAUGACUGGAGAGACUGUCUAUCCCCGGAGAAUGAAAACAGGUGUCGACAGAGCCUUAGGGCCAACCUGAAGCUCUAUGACACAGCAAGAUGGAGCAAAGCAGCAAGUCAGAGCCAAGGAGAGAAGCGGUUGAAAUACGCAUCUGUCCUGGUCUCGCUCUGCGCUGUUGAGGAGCAGCCGGCAUUUCUCUUCACCCUACGCUCCAUAAAACUGGGCAGGAACAAGGGAGACGUCAGCUUUGCAGGAGGAAAGAGUGAUCCAUCAGAUAGAGACGUGGUGGCCACAGCGCUGAGGGAAACCUGGGAGGAGCUGGGUGUUAAUGUGGCAGAAGACAGGGUCUGGGGUGUCCUGAAGCCAAUCAGGGACAAUACAGGGAUGAUGAUUGUUCCUGUGCUGGCUAACCUCGGGCCUGUAGAGGAGUUGUCGUUCAAACCAAACCCUGCAGAGGUGGAGGAAAUCUUCACUUUGCCCCUGUCCCACUUGUGCAACCCCCAGAACUGUGGCUACACACACUUCCGCUCCGGUGACAAGUAUGGAUACACACUCCCAGUGUUUCACAAUGAGAAAAAGCGAGUGUGGGGUUUGACUGCCAUUGCUUUAGACCAAACCCUGAAAAUGAUUGUCCCUCCUUAACAGCUCUUUCACUGUUACUUUACAGUUUAGAUGUCUAUAGCACAAACUAUGUGACUCAAAGAUGUGAUUAUGAGAAACGUGCAAUCAAACUUUGUGUAGCAGAACCAUGUCAGGAAUCAAUGUGAAUACCACCUGUAUUUAAUUUGAACUAUAUCAAUUAUUCUCUUUAAAUGAGUGUCUUCUCUACUGUUCAAAAGACUGCCAUAGUUUAGCCACUUCAGAAGAUAAAUCAUUUAGGUGCCUCCAUAUUUAAUAACUAUAGGCCAAUGUCCAAUCUACCAUUUUUAAGUAAGCUUAGAGAAGCUUUUUGUGUCAGUUAGAUUAGGUUUUCGGACCAAUCAUAGCACUGAAACGGCAACUUACAAUCAAUUCCUCAAAUGGUGACAGUUGCAUUACAGCUCCAACCGUUUCUAUGUCCAGACCCUACUUUCUGGUCUGCCUGACAAGAACAUGUCUCACCUACAACUUUAAUACUCUGCUGCUCAUGUGUUAAGCAAGAACAAUAAGAGAGCAGACAUUGCACCAAUUCUUAGGUCCCAGCAUUGGCUACUUCGUCUGCUUCCCAAUUGAUUUUUUUUUAUUAAAUCACUUCACUGGUUUAUACAUUUCUCAAUGCCUUUUACUCUAUGUACCUUAAUGGCCUUUUUAAUUCUACUCAAAGUCAGAACAGAAAACCCAUGGGGAAACAACUUUUUAUUACUUCAGCCAAAAGACUCAAAAGCAGCAGAGAAUGUGGAUACUUUUAAAAGCUAGUCUGGCUUUGAAUUAAUUGUAUUCAUGUUAUUUAUUUAAUAAUACGUCUCUGACCUUUAUUCAGUUUUUAUUAUUUUGUAUUUGUUUUCCUUUGAGUAGUGUACUUUUAUUUCUAGUUUAACAUGAUUGAAAAUACUUGUUUUUAAUCGUGUGUGUGUGUGUGUGUGUGUGUGUGUGUGUGUGUGUGUGUGUGUGUGUGUGUGUGUGUGUGUGUGUGUGUGUGUGUGUGUGUGUGUGUGUGUGUGUGUGUGUGUGUGUGUGUGUGUGUGUGUGUGUGGUCUUGUUUUUAUAGCUUUUCUUCUGUAAAACACUUAGUGUUAUUUUAUGAAAAGUGCUUUACAUAUUUAAGCAUUAUUAUUUAAUAGUAUGAGUACUAAGUAUGAUAUUGGUAUAAUUUAUAUAAAAUAUUUUAUUGAAUAAAAAUUUUCAAUGCUCAUAAAUUCUGAAUUUGUUCACCUUUUAGAUCCUGGUUUCUUCCAGUUACCAAUUAUGUGUUUUAACUUGAAUAACCUUUCCAUACAAGUUUCAAAUGAGGUUUGCAUUCUCAUGUCUGCAUCUCUCACCAUAUCAGGUCUGGACUGUUAUGAGCACUGAAAUGAUUGAGGCACAUCAAAAUGUGCUGUGUUGAAGAACGAUGCAAUAAAGGUAUUGUGUAUUCUGUA